CACAUAUUGUACAAUCUUCGUUUGUAAGUAAAAAAUGCUCAAAAACAGUAUGCUGACCAGCAGUGGUGGAAAAGCUGAUAUCAGAUAGGAUGCAACUCUGGUUUCUUUUGCUGGUUGCUGCUGUCAAGACAGAUGAAAUACAAAGAGAAAACAGUUGUGCUGAAAGGUUUGCUGGAGUACCAGGGAACCCUGGAUACAAUGGCAUACCAGGACGGGAUGGACGUGAUGGAUCAAAGGGAGAAAAAGGAGAUGCAGGUGAACCAGGACAUCCAGGAAAACCAGGCAUAGAUGGCAUAAGUGGAAAUAAAGGAGAACCAGGAGCUGAUGGCAGUGUUGAAGAGAAAGGGAACAAAGGAGAAAAAGGAGAGAGAGGCUGGCCUGGGAAAUUUGGACCUAAAGGAGUACCUGGACCAUUGGGUGAAAAAGGUCAAAAGGGUGAGCUGGGACUACAAGGAAGAAAGGGUUUAAAAGGGGACAUUGGCCCUGUUGGCCCAAAAGGCAUCAAAGGUGACACUGGAGCCCAAGGUGAAAUAGGGAUAAGGGGUCCGAUUGGACCAAUGGGCCCCGUUGGUCCAAAAGGAGAAAUUGGAAACCCAGGGCAGAAGGGCAGUAAAGGAAAUCAAGGACAAAUAGGCUGGAAGGGAGACAGGGGGGAAAAGGGAAACCUAGGCAGCGUUCCCAUCAUUCCCAGAAGUGCCUUCAGUGUAGGUCUUAGCACCAAGUUUCCCCCAUUAAAUGUUCCCAUAAAGUUUGACAAAGUGAUCUAUAAUGGCUUAAAUCAUUACAAUCCCACCACGGGAGUGUUCACAUGCCGGAUAACAGGUGUCUAUUAUUUCACCUACCACAUUACUGUGUUUGCAAAAAAUGUCCGAGUCGCUCUGGUUAAAAAUGGGUACAGGAUGCUCCAUACUGCAGACAAAUAUCAAGGUGCUGAAGAUCAGGCCUCAGGAGCAACCAUCCUGGAGCUUCAGGAACGUGAUCAGAUAUGGCUGGAGACCUAUGGAGGGGAGACUUCUAAUGGGUUAUAUGCAGACCCAGAUGAUGACACAGUCUUCACUGGCUUCCUUAUAUUUAGUACCUCAGAGACACUAGCACCUAUACCACUUUUCAGAACAUGAGAUUUAUUUUUAAAAUAUGAUGUCUGUUGCAUAGACCACUGCUUAAUCUUUGUAUCAAGCUUGGUAUGUAAACAAAAUUCACAAAAGACAUAGUUACAACUCCCUGACAAUCAUAUAUAGCUUGAAGGUAAAAUGUAUUUUGUUUGUGUUGUUUCUAGUGUGUGCUUUGUGAACAAAUCUGAAAUCUAUGGUAAUGUCCAUCACAAUUUAUAUGAAAUCUCUAUUUGUAAUAUCUUAUAUAAAACUCAGAAUUUCAAAGGUGUGUAUAGGGGUUUUAUCUUCUAGGAUUAAUAAGUGGUUGUCUUUCUGUUUAAUUAAGCAGAUCUGCCUAUCACACCUUUUACUAAAUAAUUUGAGCCCUGGGUUAAAGCACAAAUGCACUUAUGUAUCCGUGUCUGGUUAUGACUAAGAGCCAAACUAUACAAGACUCUUAACUCUGCAUUUAGAAGUGCUUCCCUCUUGAGCGGCAAAAUAUUUCUAUCUUAGUAUGAGCUUUUCUUAGUUCAGCAAUUUGCAAACUGGUGCGUUCUGUUUUAUUAUUGCUCUCUGGACCAUAAACAUGGGUUUUAUUUGCUACAGUGGUGCCUCGCUUAAUGACGAUAAUCCAUUCCAGGAAAAUCGGUUAAGCGAAAACAUUG